GCUGCCUGGUCUUCUCGAGGAGGCGGUGGGGCCCACACCCGGAAGAAGGGUCUCUUUUCAGGCUAGUGCGGCGGCCGCUGCGGACCCGGCCGGUUGCUGAAUGAGGGGAGCCGGGCCCUCCCCGCGACAGUCACCCCGCGCCCUCCGCCCCGACCCGGGCCCCGCCAUGUCCUUCUUCCGGCCGAAAGUGAAAGGCAAAGAACAAGAGAAAACCUCAGAUGUCAAGUCAAUUAAAGCUUCAAUAUCUGUACAUUCCCCACAAAAAAGCACUAAAAAUCAUGCCUUGCUGGAGGCAGCAGGACCAAGUCAUGUUGCAAUCAAUGCCAUUUCUGCCAAGAUGGACUCUUUUUCAAGUAGCAGGACAGCAACACUUAAGAAGCAGCCAAGCCACAUGGAGGCUGCUCAUUUUGGCGACCUGGUUGUGUAUCUUCAAAGAUGUCAGAGUGUCUGUGGGCCACACUCAGCAGUACACUGCAAACAGCAUUUGUAUUGAUCACAAAAUAAAAUUGUAAGUUUUACUGGAUUACACCUGUGUUGCUGGUGGGGAUGUGAAAUGGUACAGGCACUCUGGAAAAUAGUUUGGUGUUUCUUGUGGAGCAGAACGUGCAGAUGUCAUAUGACCCUGCAGUUGCACUCUUCAGCUUUUAUCCUAGAGAAGUGGAAACUUACAUUCCCACAAAAGCCUGUACCCCGAUGUCCAUAGCAGCUUAAAAGCCGAAACCCGGCUGUCUUGCAGCAUCGAGUGAGUGGUUAGACACACUGGUACUUGCAUACCACAGAAUACUGCUCAGCCAUGAAGAAGAGCACACUAUUGAUUUACCUCACAGCUUGGGUGAGUCCCAAGGGAAUUGUGCUGAGCGUCAAAAGCCAGUCCCAAAAGGUUAUGCGCAGUAGGAUUCCAUUUGUAUAAUAUUUUUGAAAUGACAAAAUUAGAGAAAUGAAGGAUAGAGUAGUGUUUGCCAGGGCCGAGGAAUGGAGGAGGUGGUUACAAAAGGCCACAUGAGGCAUCCAUGUGGCAUUGGAACUGUUCAGUAACUUGGCAGUUACCCAGGGUAAAGUUGCAUGGAUUCCCUUGCAUGGAAUGAAGUCCACAGUUGUGUACAGGUGAAAUGGGAAGAUCAGAGUAAGAUUGGUGGUUGUAGCAACAUCAGUACCUUGAUGUGAUACUGUAAUAUGGUAAUGUAAGAUGUUACCUUGGGGAACCUCGGUAAAGGGUACAUGGGAUCUCCCUGUAUUGUAUCUUAUUGUUGUAUUUGAACUUACCAUUAUCUCAGAAUUAAAAUUUUAAUUUAAAAAUUAGUAAAUCUUGCAAAGGAUCAGAAUUUUGUGAAGUUCAAGAAAGGGAGGUUGACAGAGAUGUACUGGUUAACCUUGAACAUGAGACACCCAGGAGGUGCCUGGGUAGCACAGUCGGUUAAGCACCCCACUCUUGAUUUCAGCUCAGGUAGGGUCAUGAGAUUAGAGCCGGUGUUGGGUUGGGCUGUGCUUGCUCACUCGCACCCUCUCUCGGAAAAAAAAAAAAAAGAAAAAAUAAAAGAAAAAAAAAAAGAGAGAGAGAGACAGCCGGCAAGGAUGACACAUGAAGUGUUUCAAAAGAAAAUAAUUUGAAUAUCAAAGGAUUAAGAAAAGCCAUUUUGAAAAAUUGAUCAAACCCUGCUAAUUUUAUGAAGCUGAACCUCAAAAUGUCAAUGCUUUAAAUGUUAAAAAAAGUGUUUUUGUUUAUUCUAAUAGUUUGUGGUUAUAAUCGUAACCUAAAUUUAGUUACAUAUACAAUGAACUUAUUUUUAUUAAAUUUUGGUAAGUUUAGUUUUAUUUCUCAAGAUAAAAAUCCCAGAGCUACUCUUUAAUCUGUUGUAACAAACACUGAGCAUUGGUAACAUUUUUCUGGCCAUGCACACAUGGACAAUUUUUCUUCAGGAAAAGUUCCUAGAGGUGGCGUUACUGGGUUGCGAAAUCAUGCAGAUGCUUUUUUUUUUUUUAAGAUUUUAUUUAUUUAUUUGACAGAGAGAAAU